AUGGCGGCGGGGUCCUGGCUCUGAAAUCCAGCGCCAUCCUCUCCGGGCGCGGGGCGGGCCGGCUUGGGGGAUUUGUUCCGCGCUGACCGGAGGCUCUACGAUCCGGGGCAGUAGGAUGGCUCCCGCAAAGAAGGGUGGCGAGAAGAAGAAGGGCCGUUCUGCCAUCAACGAGGUGGUGACCCGAGAAUACACCAUCAACAUUCACAAGCGCAUCCAUGGCGUGGGCUUCAAGAAGCGUGCUCCUAGGGCACUCAAAGAAAUCCGGAAAUUUGCCAUGAAGGAGAUGGGGACUCCAGAUGUGCGGAUUGAUACCAGGCUCAAUAAAGCCGUCUGGGCCAAAGGAAUAAGGAAUGUUCCAUAUCGUAUCCGGGUACGUUUGUCCAGAAAACGUAAUGAGGAUGAGGACUCACCAAACAAACUCUACACAUUGGUAACUUACGUGCCUGUUACCACAUUCAAAAAUCUACAGACAGUCAAUGUGGAUGAGAACUAACCUACUGAAUCUCAAAUAAAGUUGGAGAACUGCCUUCAGGUUUUGGUUUUCCUUUUUGUUGUUUGCCCCACUGGGGAAUUUUUGGUAAUGUUUAGAAUAGGGUCUAAGGAGUAUUGUUGGGAGUUAUUUAAUUGCUGCUUUGGGUACUUGGGAAAUCAGGAUUAUGUGACGUGUUCCUUUCAAUUGUUUUGAUUUUUCAAGACAUAUUCUCUCUGUAGUCCUUGCUGUUCUGGAACUUAAGCUGUAGACCAGGCUGGCCUCAAUAUUGCAAGGGCAGGAAUUUAAGGCGUUCCCCCGCCAUGCCUAGCUUGCCUGUUUUUUUGUUUUUUUUUUUUUUUUAGCAAAGAAGCUACAGUAUUAUUAGGUCUCACAUUAGUCCCAGGUGUGUAUGUUGAGUUUAAGGAUUGAGGUUAUAACUUGUACAUGAUAACUGAAAUUUUGUGUUCUUAGUCUUUAACCAUCUUUGCCAACCAGUCCAGUUCAUUCCUUGGAAUAUGCUAUAUAUACUCUUAAGACAAUAUAAGCUCUUUUUUUUUCCUCCCCUCAUCCCCAAAAGACAGGGUUUUCUGUAGCAGCCCUGGCUGUCCUGUAACUCCAUUUGUAGACCAGGGUGGCCUCAAACUCUGAUCUGCAUGCUUCCUUAGUGCUAUGUUUGUUUAAUUUUAAAGAGUCACUACAAAAAGAAAGUUUUUUAUUAAAAACCUUGGGAG